UGAGAAUGAGCGUUUGACAGGGGAGGGCAGCGGCAGCCAGGGUACGGCGCAUGCGCAGAUCCGGGAGCGCGGUUGCGUCUUCGGUCCCGCGGUGAUUCGGGGUUCCAGUGGAACACCGGGCGCAGGAGGCCCGUCGUAAGAGCAGGUCCAGGCGAGCAGAGCCACUGUCUUUAUGAGCACCUCAGGUCUGCUUCAUCUUCCCGCACCGCUGACCAGAAUAUGCACCGUGCCCCGUGGGCUCUGGCUUCGGGAGAAGCUGCCGUUGCUAUCCCCGGGGGCGGCGGUCACUGCAGUCCCGACAGCAGGCAAGAGAGAGUGGCCCCCUCUGCCUCCCCUGGAUGAGAACGAGCUCCGAGAGCAGUUUGUGAAAGGACAUGGCCCAGGCGGCCAAGCAACCAACAAGACCAGCAACUGUGUGGUGCUGAAGCACGUCCCGUCGGGCAUCGUGGUGAAGUGCCAUCAGACCAGAUCAGUGGAUCAGAACAGGAAGCUGGCUCGCAGGAUCCUGCAGGAGAAAGUGGACGUCUUCUACCACGGAGAGAACAGUCUGGUUUACAGAGAAAAACAAGAGGCAGAGAGGAGAAAGCAGGAGAGGAAGAGGAGAGCAAAGGAGACCCUGGAGAAGAAGAAGCUGCUGAAAGCACUGUGGGAGUCGAGCAAGGCACCCUGAGGACGUAGCCCGCGGCCGCCAGGAGGCCCAGGAAGUGGGCAGGAGUCCACCGGCCUGAGGACGUAGCCGGCGGCCGCCAGGAGAAGCUGCCAGGAGGCCCAGGAAGCGGCGGGAGUCCACCGCCGGCGCUGUCCCACAGCUUCUGAGUCUUGGACAGAUGAAAGUCAGGAUGAAGCUGUGGGGGGCAGAGGCGCAGGCUCCAGCAGUAAAACAAGGAAGUUGGAGAAGGGCCCCAGGUUGGCUGACAAAGUCUCUUAUUCUUGGUCUGGGCGGUCGUUAAAGGGUCUCCCCGCUCCCCACUUUCCUUUUUAUGGAAGAGGCCCCAUCCACCAGCUCACACCCCAAAAACCUGCAAUGCUCAGGCCACUCAAUCUGCUUCCCCCGGGGGGGCCCCCGGAGCCUCCCCACUGCCUCCCAGGGCCUGCGCGGACAGGACGUGGAGUCAGAAGCCACAGCUGGGCCUUGAUCCACACUCCAGUGAGGGAUGCAGCAUCUUAAUGGCUAGGAAACACCCCCCACCCCACCUUUUCUUUUUAAUACAUUUAUCUAUCUGUUUUAUUAUUAUAAAGAGGUUAGAAAUAAAAUGUUUUUGAAAAACAUGA